AUGUCAGUUAGAACUCAAACCCAAGCAUCAGGCACUGAUCUUGAUCCAAGCCUGAUGCAACAGGCCAUUCAGCUGGUCCAAUCAUCGCCGCCCACGUGGCAAUCUGCCAUCUUCAGCAAUCUUGUGAUCUUUCUUCUGGGCUCUCCUCUUCUGGUAUCUGGAUUGUCUUUUCCAGGCAUUGGGGCUGCUUUCUUGCUUGGUACCCUCACUUGGCGGGCUUUUGGCCCUUCUGGGUUCCUUCUUGUGGCUACCUACUUUGUCAUUGGCACAGCAGCGACGAAGGUGAAAAUGGCUCAAAAGGAGGCGCAAGGGGUUGCGGAAAAGAGGAAAGGAAGAAGAGGGCCAGGAAGUGUGAUUGGUUCGAGUGCUGCUGGCUGUUUUUGUGCUUUCCUGUCCAUCAAUGGGAUUGGUGGUGAGGCAUUUGCUCGCCUUUGGGAACUUGGAUUUGUUGCCAGUUUCUGUACGAAACUAAGUGAUACAGUCUCAAGUGAGAUAGGGAAGGCGUAUGGCAAAACGACUUAUUUAGUCACAACAUUCAAGAUAGUUCCGAGGGGAACGGAAGGGGCAGUUAGCGUUGAGGGAACUCUCACUGGACUUCUAGCUUCUAUGCUUCUUGCUUCUAUUGGUUGUCUAAUGGGUGAGAUAAACGCUCUCGAAGCCAUCAUAUGCGUUGUUGCUUCCCAGAUUGCUAACCUUGGUGAGAGUAUUAUAGGUGCUGCCCUCCAAGAGAAAGAAGGAUUCCAAUGGCUCAACAACGAUGUUGUUAAUAUCAUCAAUAUAUCUAUGGGAAGCAUUUUAGCAGUCCUCAUCCAGCAAAUAGUUCUCCAAAGUUGGCAUGCAUAG